CAAAGGAGGCGGGACGUUCCGGAUCACGGGUGGGCUAAAGGUAUAACCCGUCUAACGUUACUGCAGGUUAAUGCUAACGAAAUGGAAGCAGCGAAUGUAAACAUUUAAAACUAUUGCACACUUUUUUGGACUCUGAAACGAUAAAUCAUGGCGGUUCCGAUGGAAACUCAGCUUCAGAGCAUAUUCGAGGAUGUGGUGAAAACGGAGGUGAUCGAGGAGGCGUUUGCAGGGAUGUUCAUGGACACGCCGGAAGAUGAACGGACCAAACUGAUCAGCUGUUUAGGAGCUUUCCGGCAGUACUGGGGCUCGCUCCCGCAGGACUCCCAUGAGCAGUGUGUGCAGUGGAUCGUACGCUUCAUACACAGCCAGCACAGCCCCAAACGCAUCUCCUUCCUCUAUGACUGUUUAGCCAUGGCUGUGGAGACCAGCCUGCUGCCGCCCAAGAUGGUGUGUCAGGCGCUGAUCAGCUCUGAAACUCUGGAGUGGGAGCGCACUCAGCUCUGGUCUCUGACCUUCAAACUCAUCCGGAAGAUAAUCGGCGGUGUGGAUUAUAAGGGUGUGAGGGACCUGCUGAAGGCUCUGCUGGAAAAAAUGCAGACCAUCCCGAACCUGGUCAGCUCUGCGGUGGUGCAGCAGCUCCUCCCAGCGCGAGAGGUGGUGGAGUAUAUCCUGGACAGGAACGCGUGUCUCCUGCCUGCUUAUUUCGCCGUGACCGAGAUCCGGAAGCUUUAUCCAGAGGGACAGCUCUCACACUGGCUUUUAGGCAGCCUGAUAUCCGACUUCGUGGACAGCUUCCGUCCCACUGCGAGGAUCAACUCCAUUUGUGGUCGCUGUAGUCUCCUGCCUGUAGUGAAUAACUCUGGAGCAAUCUGUAACUCGUGGAAGCUCGACCCUGCCACACUGCGCUUCCCUCUCAGAGGCAUGCUGCCCUACGAUAAGGACCUGUUCGAGCCGCAGACGGGCUUGCUGAGGUACGUGUUGGAGCAGCCGUAUUCCAGAGACAUGGUGUGCAACAUGCUCGGCCUCAACAAACAGACCCUGAACAUUGCUCAGCACAAGCAGCGAUGCCCCGUGCUGGAAGAGCAGCUCGUCGAUCUGGUGGUGUACGCCAUGGAGCGCUCGGAGACGGAGGAGCAGUUCGACGACGGCGGCACCAGCCAGCUGCUGUGGCAACAUCUGUCCAGUCAGCUCAUCUUCUUCGUUCUGUUCCAGUUCGCCAGCUUCCCUCACAUGGUGCUCUCGCUGCAUCAGAAGCUGGCUGGGCGUGGUCUAAUUAAAGGCAGAGAUCACCUGAUGUGGGUGCUGCUGCAGUUCAUAUCCGGAAGCAUCCAGAAGAACGCGCUGGCUGACUUCCUCCCCGUCAUGAAGCUGUUUGAUCUGCUUUACCCUGAGAAAGAGUGUAUUCCGGUACCGGACAUCAACAAGCCGCAGUCCACACACGCCUUCGCUAUGACCUGCAUCUGGAUCCAUCUGAACCGCAAAGCCCAGAACGACAACUCCAAACUGCAGAUCCCCAUCCCACACUCUCUCAAACUGCACCACGAGUUUCUGCAGCAGAGCCUGCGCAACAAGAGCCUGCCCAUGACCGACUACAAGAUCGCCCUGCUGUGUAACGCCUACUCCACCAACUCCGAGUGCUUCACGCUGCCCAUGGGCGUCCUGGUGGAGACCAUCUACGGCAACGGUACGGUACGCAUCACGCUGCCCGGCACCAACUGCAUGGCCUCGUGCUCCACCACGCCGCUGCCCAUGAACCUGCUCGACUCGCUCACCGUCCACGCCAAGAUGAGUCUGAUCCACAGUAUAGCCACACGGGUCAUAAAGCUGGCCCACGCCAAGUCCAGCAUCGCUCUAGCGCCGGCGCUGGUGGAGACGUACAGCCGCCUGCUGGUCUACAUGGAGAUCGAGUCGCUCGGCAUCAAAGGCUUCAUCAGUCAGCUCUUGCCAAAUGUGUUUAAGUCCCACGCAUGGGGGAUUCUUCACACGCUGCUGGAGAUGUUCAGUUACAGGAUGCACCACAUCCAGCCUCACUACCGCGUUCAGCUCCUCUCACACCUCCACUCGCUCGCCGCUGUUCCACAGACCAACCAGAACCAGCUGCACCUCUGUGUGGAAAGUACAGCUCUGAGGUUAAUCACAGCGUUGGGGAGCUCCGAGGUGCAGCCACAGUUCACACGGUUCCUGAGCGACCCGAAGACGGUUCUGUCGGCUGAAUCAGAGGAGCUGAACCGGGCGCUCAUCCUCACCCUCGCUCGCGCCACACACAUCACUGAUUUCUUCACGGGUUCUGAUUCGAUCCAGGGAACGUGGUGUAAGGACAUUCUGCAGACCAUCAUGAACUUCACACCUCACAACUGGGCCUCACACACACUCAGCUGCUUCCCCGCUCCUCUGCAGGCGUUCUUCAAGCAGAACAACGUUCCUCAGGAGAGCCGCUUCAACCUGAAGAAGAACGUAGAGGAGGAGUACAGGAAGUGGAAGUCCAUGACCAAUGAGAACGACAUCAUCACUCACUUUUCCAUGCAGGGUUCUCCACCACUCUUCCUCUGCCUGCUCUGGAAGAUGCUUCUAGAAACCGACCACAUAAACCAGAUCGGCUUCAGGGUUCUGGAGAGAAUCGGGGCUCGCGCUCUGGUCGCACACGUACGGACGUUUGCCGAUUUCCUGGUGUACGAGUUUUCCACGUCGGCAGGCGGUCAGCAGCUGAACAAAUGCAUCGAGAUCCUGAACGACAUGGUGUGGAAGUACAACAUCGUCACUUUGGAUCGUCUCAUCCUCUGCCUGGCGAUGAGAAGUCAUGAGGGUAAUGAGGCUCAAGUGUGCUACUUCAUCAUCCAGCUCCUCCUCCUUAAACCCAAUGACUUCCGCAACCGUGUCAGCGACUUUGUCAAAGAGAACGCUCCGGAGCACUGGCUACAGAGCGACUGGCACACCAAACACAUGUCCUACCACAAGAAGUACCCAGAGAAACUGUACUUUGAAGGUCUGGCGGAGCAGGUGAACCCCCCCAUGCAGCUCCAGCCACAGUAUCUGCCUAUCUACUUUGGCAACGUGUGUUUACGCUUCCUGCCCGUCUUUGACAUUGUCAUCCACCGCUUCCUGGAGCUGCUGCCAGUCUCCAAGUCCUUGGAAACCCUUUUGGACCACUUGGGGGGAUUGUACAAGUUUCAUGACCGGCCAGUGACGUACCUCUACAACACCUUGCACUACUAUGAAAGGCACCUCCGUGAUCGCACCAAUCUUAAACGCAAGCUUGUCCACGCCAUCAUGAGUUCUCUGAAGGAUAACCGCACGCCCGGGUGGUGCCUCAGCGAGACCUACCUCAAAUUUGGCAUGAACCCUCGCGAGGACAACGUCUGGGUCCCUGACGACACCUACUACUGCAAACUCAUCGGCCGUCUUGUAGACACGAUGGCGGGAAAAUCUCCGGGCCCUUUCCCGAACUGCGACUGGCGGUUUAACGAGUUCCCAAAUCCAGCAGCACAUGCGCUUCACGUCACCUGUGUGGAGCUGAUGGCCCUCGCCGUGCCGGGGAAGGACGUGGGAAACGCACUGCUGAAUGUAGUGCUCAAGAGUCAGCCACUCGUCCCCCGGGAGAACGUGACUGCUUGGAUGAAUGCGAUUGGCCUGAUCAUCACCGCUCUACCUGAGCCGUACUGGAUCGUACUACACGACCGCAUCGUUAGCGUGAUUAGCAGCCCUGCGCUAACAUCGGAGACAUUGUGGGUGGGUUAUCCCUUCCAGCUGCUGGACUUCACGGCCUGCCACCAGUCGUACUCGGAGAUGUACUGCAGCUACGUGCUAGCGUUAGCACACGCCGUGUGGCAUCACUCCAGCAUCGGGCAGCUUUCUCUCAUUCCCAAGUUUCUGUCGGAGGUCCUGAAGCCGCUGGUGAAAACCGAAUUUCAGCUGCUCUAUAUCUAUCACCUGGUUGGACCUUUCCUACAGCGCUUCCAGCAGGAGAGGACACGCUGCAUGCUCGAGAUUGGGGUAGCGUUCUAUGAGAUGCUGCAGGCCGUGGAUCACCACAGCAAGCACCUGGCGUACAUGGACCCCAUCUGUGACUUCCUGUACCACAUCAAGUACAUGUUCACAGGAGACAGCGUCAAAGACCAGGUGGAGAAGAUCAUCUGCACGUUGAGGCCAGCCAUGAAGCUUCGCCUCCGUUUCAUCACACACACCAGCAAGAUGGAGCCUACAGCGGCCGCCGCUACGGCGACGUCUGCCUCCCAGCCCACCACGGUUUCCUCUCCUGCCCCUCAAACUGGAACCGGACCUUCUAGUAUCCCUCUGUCAGUCCCCCAGUGACCCUCUACAAUCCUCUACAAAACCUUCUUUUAAUAUGUUCCACAACGACCAAUGACCUCGUAUCACAUCUCUAAGCAUUCCCCAAUAACCCAGACAUCCAUCUUUCUGUUUACCCCUGACCUCCUCUUUCUUCCUUUUUUUUUCCCCCAGACUUGCCAACAUUUCGUGUCGGAGUGUGAUAUUUUAAUAUCAGAAUACACUGCUACAAGUUAUCACUCAAAAAUGGAAGGAAAACAUAUAGCCGUGGUUUCAUCUUAUCAUGUCAUUAAAUGUGUAUAGAGACAUUACAAAGAAAAAUAACGCUUGGAAGGAAGUAGCAGAGAUUGUUGGUGCCUCUGGUGAGUGAACGCAGCUAGUACAGUUAGCUAAUCAAAUUUGAGAAUGAAGCUAGUACGAAGCUGAGCAUGAUUAAAGUUGUAGGCUAUAUGUUUUGGUUUCUUAACAGGCCACGCCCACAAGUGACAACAGUAAGGGUCAAUACACAGGUUGGCAGGCAUGUUUUCUUAAAGAAUGCAGCAUUUUUCUUUAUGUUCCCAUCUGGUUUCAACAUUCUUCUGUUCCCCAGUAACCUUGCGAUCUUUUCCCGUAUGACCUCCUUCCAUUUCUCCAUCUCUAUCCAAUAGCCCCAACAUCUCCACUUUCUACUCUCCCCUCAAAUGGUCACUUGGCCCUGUCCUGGUCAGCAGGUCAAUCAAAGCGCGGACUCGACAAUUUCCAGCACUCAGUGAAAGAAGAUUUUGUAGAUUUAUAGAGGUAUAGAACGAUCUGAAGAGAGGUGAGGAAAAAAAAAAAAAAACGUCAAAGAUGUGAUUUGGCUGAAAAAUUGGGAUCGACCUCCCAAGCAUUCUUAACUCUAUUUAAAAGCCAAGGGAGUGGAAUUCGUGCCACAAACGCCAGAUUGAAUCCAAGCUGCUGACGGAAUGAGAGUUUCAACUUCGCAAGCAAACUGAACCCUUUCUUUAACUAAAGCUUGGCAAGAAGUCAUGGAAGAAAGACUCUUGGAAACCUCGCCAGAUUGUUUUGCGGGGAGGGAUUAUCUGUGAGCAAUCUAGCUGUGAAGAUGAGUUCAUUACAAGUGUACUUCCCCCAAAAUGGUUGCUAAUAACGAUGAAGCCAGUUAGGGCACAUUAUAUAGCAUAAUGCUAAUGUGUGUUUGUUAUUUGCCUACGUUAGCAUUUUCUGGGUGAAGUAUUCUUAAUCUGUAACUAAGAAUUAUAACAGGAAGUAAACCUGUGCAUGGACUAAAACAUAAAUAAUGUGGUGUUAACCAUCGAUGGACAUUUCUAUAGACAAUGCUGAAUUUUGUGUGUAUGUUUUGGUCAUGUUUUUUUUACAAAUAUAAAUCAUUUGAAAUUUGUAAGCAGGA